AUGGAACCGGAGAUGAUCCACGUGGUCUGCAAGGCCGACAACCGCCAACACGCCGUGGUGAACAUUCCCUCGUCUCCAGACCACAACCUACCUCCCUCGUCUCUCCGUGCGCGACCGAUCCUUCUAGGAUUGACUUCGAACAACCUCAGUUACGCCCGUGGGGGAGAUCUACUGCAUUGGUGGAAAACGUACCCCGUCCCACCCACCGCGCCGGCCCCAUACAACGACCAGGCCUCCUGGGGCAUCGUCCCCGCAUGGGGAUACGCCACUGUCACCGAGAGCAAUGUCCCUGGGAUCAUCCCGGAUUCCCUGAUCUGGGGAUACUGGCCAACCUCCACGUCGCCCGCUCUCCUGCGCUUGGAACGCAGUGAGCCUGAAGGACACUGGGUUGAGGUUAGCAGCCAUAGACAACAGCUGAUGCCUAUAUACAAUCGCUAUGAAUGUGUACACUCUGAUGAAGAGAACGAGGCGGAUGAGAGGGCGUGGGGAACGGUUUUCCGAGGCGUCUGGGUCGCCGGAUACCUGCUCAGUGAGUAUGUGUUUUCUCCUGACCCGCGCGCACGAGAACCGGUUCAUCCGCUUGGCGACGCGAGUGGACUCCCCUGGUCUGCGGACGAUGCGGAUCUCUCGUCUGCUGUUGUGGUGGUUUUGGGGGCGUCGACCAAGGUUGCACGGUCGUUUUCGUGGUGUCUUUUCGAUAGGCCCAGGGAGAGUGGACCCUUGGGUUUGGUGCAGGUCACUUCGUCGCCUGGUGCGUUGCAGGAGGUGGUUGAUGGAAAAGGCUGGGCGGGUUGGUCCAAGACAUUGGCAUAUACGGAAAUCGACCGAGCAACUGAGUGGAUUGAGGGUCUGCAGCCGUCAAAGGUGGUGAUUGUAGACUGUGGGGCGCGGGACAAUGUCCUCAGUCGGAUAUGCCAGAAUGUUCAAGAGUCGGCGCUCCGGUCGUGCAAACCUGUCAUUCUGCAGGUGGGCAGUCAGCAGAAGGUGUACACGGCAGACGAAGUCCAGGCUGCUCGUGCAGCUAUGCAAUCGCUUGGAAAGAUCCAGUACAACACCUCUGGCAUCCAGGAUACAGUCAUCACCCGGGAGGGAGCUGCAAGGUAUUUCGGAGAGGUCUCGUGCAGGUGGAAGGAAUGGUUAGCACAUCGUGCCUCUGCCAUCCCUGACAUGGGUUUAGUCUAUGGACAGGGCAUUGCUGGAGAGAAUGGAAUAUACGGGGGAUGGGAGAAACUUUCCACUGGUGCAGUGCGCCCUGAAGAGGGAUUGGUUUAUGCCCUGUAG